CAAGAGACGUUAAGGAAUCAGCCAGAAAUAUCAGUUAGCUUGUGGCCGCUACUAACAGAUUAAUAUUGUGACAAAACAAACCUACCUACAGCCAUUACCUUCCUCUCUACUACAACCUGUGACAACCAACCGGAGAAACACACAGAUAACACACCAAUAGAGGUUAUAAAAAGAGGUUAAAUAAGGUGGGGAAAAGUAAAGGAAGGGGGGGAGGUGUCAUAGUCCCUAGCGUCUCUUAGGGGUAGUUCAAGAAAAAAAUCCCCUAUUAUGUCUAUUUCUUCUUAUAUAACCUCAUCUUACACCUUCUCUCCUUGAUUAUGUUAAGAUGGAAGUGGAUAUUAAUGAGGUGUUGGCGGCUAUUAGUACAUUAUAUGACGCUGAGCUCCAAGAUAAGCAGAAACAUGAUCAAGCUUCAAAAUGGCUCGGCCAGUUACAGAGAUCGGUACAAGCAUGGAAGGUAGCAGACCAAUUACUACACGCCAAACGCGAUGUCAACUCGUGCUUCUUCGCGGCCCAGACACUCCGCACCAAAAUACAGCUGUACUUCGGAGAGCUGCCGGUGGAGGCCCAUGCAUCGCUCCGAGCGUCCAUGUUGGAACACCUUAGUCACAUCACAGAACACACGUACCAGGGCAUCGCUACCCAGCUCUGUGUGGCACUGGCUGAUUUGGCCCUGCAUAUGGCAUCGUGGGAAGAUCCUAUUGGGGAUUUGAUCACUCAGUUUGGGCCCAGGUCGAGUACCCCAAACUUGGUGCCGCUCCUGGAGGUGCUAAUAGCUCUCCCCGAAGAACUGCACUCCAGACAGUUGCGGUUAGGGCUAAACAGAAGAAAACAGCUGGAUGAAUACUUCAGACGGAAAGUUCCUAGUAUUGUAGAGUUACUGCAUGUUGGUGUGAGCACUGAGGGAGCCACGAAAGAGAGCACCCACCUGAAGGCUCUGCGGUGUCUGGCCUCCUGGUUCAACAUCCACACUGAAGAAUGGGUCAUGCUCACUAACACCUGCCUCGUUGGGGACAUACUCAAUGUGGUCAGGAAUCCUCAAGUGUCAGCCUGCAAACCCCCCUGUAAAAUGUGUUUUGCAGAAUGCAUGUUUUGUAGUUGUUUUGUUAUCUCCAGGUUGCACGAGAUUGCGACUGACUGCGUGUGUUCGGCCAUGAUUAUGCUGGAGGCCGAGAGAAUACAGCCCCUGGCCGAGGUGCUGUUCGCAGGAGUCCUACAGCUUGGGGAGCCUUACCAUAUAGCCGUGGCCAUGGAGGAUAUUAACGCAAUAACUAAUUAUGCAAGAAUCUUCUCAGAGCUGGGAGAGACACUGGUGGAGGUGAUGGUCGACCAGCCUGAUCAAGGUCUUGGUUCGUUACAAGUCCUUCACCUUCUCCUCACCUGUAUUGGCCACCAUGACUGGGAGGUUGCGGAGAUCACCUUCAACUUCUGGUAUAAGCUGUCGGAAGUUCUGUAUAGAAAAAACUGCGACAAUGUCAACGAACAAUUUAAACCUUACGUGGAGCGUCUGAUCGAGGCUCUUUAUCGCCACUGUCAGAUUGAACCCGACCACGAGAGCAUACUGGUGCAGCAGGACGACUUCUACGAGUUCCGGGAGAGAGUCCAGGAAUUGAUAAAGGACGUGGUGUUCAUCUGUGGCUCCAAGCUCUGUUUCCAGCAGAUGGCUCACGUCCUCCAGUCUCCCGACGUAACCAAGAACUGGAAUCUGAUGGAGGCGGCCCUGUUCAUCAUGCAGAGCGUUGCCAAGAAUCUCGUCCCCGAGGAGAGUGAAGUGGUCCCGCCCAUAUUGGAAGGAGUCCUGAGCCAGCCCGACGAUGUCCAUUUACAAGUGGCGUUUACCUCAGUACAACUCCUGGCCGAACUGAAUGAAUGGAUCGCCUGUCACCCCAACUUACUGCCUCUAGUGCUCCAGUUCCUUACCAAGCGGCUCCCUAAUAAACACCUGGCGACCGUGGCUGCCAAGUCCAACCUGUCCUUGAGUCCACCUCACCACUGCAGCAACCUUCAUGCAGUCCUUUGGAUUUUCUCUUCAUUUAUCACUACCAAAGACCUGUACAUCGCGACCACCUCUCUCAUAAGGACCACCACCACCACCCAAAAGAGCCAAACACUCCCUUCAUUCUGGCCGACGGCACCUCCUCACACCUCCUCACACCUCCGCUUCAUUGGCAAAUCUCCGCUCGACCUCAUCCACCUCACCACCUCUCAUCACCCCCCUCCCCUUGGUCCAAAUUUAAUUAAUGGAGGAAGGAUAGAGAAGGCCCUCGACGCCGUGUGCCAGAGCUGCCGCGACCACAUCGAGCAGCACUUCGACGGCCUGAUGCACAUAAUCGCCUCCCUGGACUCCUUCAGUAUAAGCAACGAGGCCGUGGUAGGACUCCUGAAGGGGGUGGCGUCGAUCCUGGGCAGGUUCCCCCGUGAGAGGAUUAAGGACGACAUGAAGAAGUUGUGUCUGGUUCAGAUAUCUUACCUGCAGAAGAUAAUUGAGGAAAAUUUGCCUAUCGAGAAGAAUACCAAAAAUGACCCAGUGGUGUGGCUGGACCGUCUGGCGGCCAUAUUUCGCAACGUGAAUCCUAUUGUACAGAAUGGGGAGCAGCAUCCCUGUCAGGAGGUGGUGAUGGAGGUCUGGCCGACGCUCUCACUGACGUUCCAGAGAUACAGUUCAGACUUACGGGUAAUGGAACACUGCUGUAGGUGCCUGAGGUUUGCCGUGCGUUGUGUGCACCAGCAGUCGGCGCCUCUCCUCUCGCCCCUCGUUGAACAGAUUGUUGGUCUGUACGCAGCGCACGGCCACAGCUGCUUCCUGUACCUAGGCAGUAUCCUCGUUGAUGAGUACGCCAGUGAGGUGGGUUGUGUGGCGGGACUGCUGGCCAUGCUGGAGGCGUUCACUCAACCUACAUUUGUCCUUCUCACCCAACCCAACGGCUUCAGAGAUCAUCCGGAUACUGUCGAUGACUGGUUCAGACUGUGUGCUAGGUUCCUACAGCGAGCGCCUGUACCUUUCCUGCAGUGUAGCGCCUUAAACACCAUUCUGGAGUGUGGUUUACAGGCCUGCAUGUUAGACCACAAGGAGGCAAAUGCAGCUGUACUCAAGUUCUUCCAAGGGCUAGUGGAGGCAGGACGGAAGGACGACGACCGAGCCGACUUUGAGACUCGGCACACGCUGGUCAUCAACAUCUUCAACACUCACGGGGAGAGUCUGAUCGGCAACCUGGUGACCGCGGCUGUGUUCAUCCUUCCCCAGUAUAUGCACCAUGACGUAGCUGAAACGUUUUUCCAGAUUAUGCAAUUUGACCGUCCAAAAUUUUGCUUAUGGUUAGAAGCUAAGUUAAAGGUGUUGCCGACCAAGAACUCUGGAGGUGUGGAGGCGAUCACACGGAACGAGUUGGUAGAGUUCCACAAGGCUGUGACUCAGGCAGAACGUACCAAGGAGAUAACACGGGCGCUGGUGGAUUUCUCCCGGUUCUUCAGCUGACAUGACACACGGCAUAGAUGAAGAAGGCCAGUCAGAUAACUACCGCCAACCGCCACAGACUCUCCCACUGCGACGCAGAAGUGACGGGCGGCGGAGUCGUUUCGGAAAGAGAGAUAGCGGUUGGUGAGCCGCUGACUCGAACCGUACGCCAUCGGUUGUGCCGCGUUGAAGAGAGAUCCGUCGGUACAUCUUGUGUGAGUGACGUGUAUCCGUUGUCCGAGUCUGUGUAAAAUUUUGGGGGGAACUUAAUUGGCUCCGAUAAAGACGGUCGUUGAGUUUUAUAUUAAUCCACAAAAUUUUUUAAGAUAAUUUUCAUUGGCUCUGACAAAGACAGCUGUCUGACAUUAAUUUUUUUUUAUUGACAUCUUGAAACAAAUAGAAUCUAUCGAACGUAGAAUAUUUAGUCGACGGAGACCUCGGUAGAGACGCCAAGAGACGUAGAAACUUCCGGUGUGGCGAACGUAGCGAUGACGUACACAGAGAAAUGCUUUAUAAAUGUUGGCAUCUGUAUAAAAAUCUUCACGAUAGUCUAUAUUUCCUCACGGUGGCCAAAUUACAUAUUGUGAUGGUAUUAAAUUUUUUUGUGGUUUUAUAGUCGACAGUUUAUUAAUUUAGCGUCAAUCGGAACGUAGGGACCGCGGUGCUGGAGAAGUAGGAUUGGAUCAUUACACAAGCUGGGGAACGAGCAAACGUGUUGUUCAGUCGUAAAUUUGGACACGAGUAACAAUUACCGACAAAGUGUAAAAAAUGUAGAUUUGAUUUUAUAAUUUUAUUUUGUGUAUGAAUAUAUGAGAGUUGUUGCUUGUUUAUUGAACUAUGAAGAAGCAAGAUGCUCAAUUCCAAAUAAUGGCAACGCUUCUUUCUUGUGAUACUUGAUGUGCAGAACUUCUCUUCUGUGUGAUUUAAGAGAAAAAAAAUUGUGCCUAUUACCUUGGGCAAUGUCCUGUGUCAGUGUGACGGGGGAUGUGGAGCGAGCCGGGUAGUGUGACAGGGGAUGUGGAGCGAGCCGGGUAGUGUGUCCGGCUUGUGUUGUAUUCCAGAGAUUCUUACGAGUCCACCGAACUAUUUCUAAGUCACGGUAAUGCAGUACGAGAAACUCUGUACUUGUGUUGUAGUUUACUUUUUAAUUGUUUUUAUCCACUGGAAGAUGAAGUAAAGGGGUGGGUGUGGGGCAGCUUCUCCAUAUAUUCACCAAGACACAAUACAGUACUGGGCAACACGUGUCAUCAUCUAGACAUCCCUUAUACAGUAUAUAUAUAAUGAAGCAGCUUGGGUGGUUGUUGUACCAUUAUAAUGCACCAUUCCUCUUUCGUUAGUCACCGAUACACUACCUGGGUUAACGUGCAGGUGAGGUUUCUUAACGAUUUUAAAUUAUUAAAAAAAAAAUGUGUUUGUUAGGGCGUUGUAGAACUUUGUGGAGGUGAAUCAAUAAUGAAGAAAUAUAAAGUUAUCUUGACGCAGCAGCUCCUUGUAGCGUGUGUGUCGGCGAUGAACGAGCGUCGUGGGUACAAGAAGCUCCAUUGAUGUUAUAAGCGACGAUGUCAGGCUGUCCGUUUAUUUUCUAUCUAUUUCAUGUCUCUUUUUCUCUCUCUCUCUCUCUCUCUUCCUUUUCCAUCCACCUGUGGCUGAUACCUGCAUUUUUGUUACUUCUGGUAAAAAUACAGUCAUAAUUACUUUGUA